UCCCUCAUUAGCCUGAAGACCAGCCUGCAGAAGAAGGUGAGCCAGGACUCCAUGGAUUUGUCAGGGAUUCCCCUGACCAUGCGGGAUGUCCACCGCAUGGCCUACUACCUGCAGAACAACGGGGACCACCUCACUUCUGUGGACCUGAGCUUCACCGAGCUGAACGACGACAUGGUCCGCCUGCUGCUGCCCUUCCUCUGGGCGCUGCCCAAGCUCACCCACCUUUCCCUCAACGGCAACCGGCUAACGCGGGCGACCAUGAAGGAGCUGACCGACGCCAUGAAGGACAUGAGCAAGUUCCCUUGCCUGGCCUGGGUUGACCUCGGCAACAACGUGGACGUCUCCUCC